AUGUCGGUCCCUGCCCUUUCGUCCCAGCCAUCAACGGAGAGUCUGCGCUCAGAAACCAAGCCAACGCAGGCUGUGAAUGCCAAGGCCUCCCGAGGCCGACGAGACCGUCCCUGUGACGCGUGUCGAAGGAAGAAGAGCAGAUGUGUGAUGAAUGAGGGUCAGACCAACUGCUGUGUGGCCUGCAAUACGCAUGGGAAUCAAUGUACAUUCCUAGAGGAUCCUCGGCCGCGAAAGAGAAGGCUUGACUCGGAAGGCAAAAUUGCAGAUAGUGGGAAGCGAAGGUCCGUUGCGGACUCGCAAUCCGAGGGCCAGUCCCGCGGUACAAUCAAAGUCAAGCGGGAGGAGUCAGGAGGAUCAGCAGCAUCACGCUCCGAAACGGCAACCAACAGCUGGCAAUAUCAAGGCACACAUAUGGGCUACACAACUGAGUUGGAUCCCAUCUUGUUUGACGUCUCCCCUGCAGGAGGAUCCGGAUAUCAGAAGCCUGACGGUCGCAACGCAUUUCUUAUACAUCAGUCGGAUCUCCCUCGGUAUGCGGAGCCCCAGAUUAACUUGAUUCAGGCCAUCGAUAAGCUCAUCGGAUCACACGGUCCUUCUCUUGUACAGCAUUUUCGUACGAUCAAUCGCAACCUACCAAUCGUCGAGGAUACCUUCUUCGAGACAUACAAUGGCCGUCGGAAGAACAGCUUGGACCCUGCUCUCUUAUGUGCUGUCUACCUCGUUUCCGCGUCAUCGGCCGCCCAUAAUCUCGGAAAUGUGACAUGGCAACAGACCGACGUCACUCAGCUGGAGGAUCUGGCGUUUCAAUUGUUGGAAGGUGGUCUCACGAAUCCUACAUUGCCGACUCUCCAGGCUGGAUUGCUUUUGAUGCAAAGGUCAAACGUUGAUUCAAAGUUCCUAAACACCCAGUUGAUCGGCGCUGCCUUUGAGCUUGGCCUCCAUCUCGACAGCUCGAAUUGGACCAUAUCUCCUGUGGAACGUGGUUUGCGGAAACGGUUAGCAUGGGCGUUAUACAUGGAAGACCAAUGGUGCUCCUUGACGCAUGGGCGACCAUCAUUGAUAUCAAAAGAGCACUGGGCGGUACAAGAUCUUUCUGAUGAUGAUUUCGAGGAAGUGAAUCCUUCCGCCGAAGAGGAGGUCCUGGAAGAAUCCAGGUUGGGGCAAGAGUGCUUUUCCCAGAUGGUCAUUCUGACAGGAAUCCUAUCAAGCAUCUUGAACACCCUCUACACUCAGAAAGCCAUGCAAGAAUUUGACGCUGCUGGGGCGAAUGCGACACGACUGAUCCUUGAGCGGGCGAAACCAAUCCAGGUCUCGCUCAAAGAAUGGUUCACACGCCUACCGAAGGACCUGAAGAUGGACAACGGCCAGGCGCCUGCAACGAUUGGACAUCUACAUUUGGCCUACUUUGCCACCGAGAUAACCCUUCACCGCUGCAUCAUCCGCUCCCUGAGUACCACUUCUACCGAUAUCUACCUUACCCACGUCUGCCGCUCGGCCGCCAAAGCUCGCCUGAUAUCCGCCAUGGACUUCGUCAACCGCCUGCGACCUAGCCACCUCACUGCCUUCUGGUACUUUCCCUCCCGGGUCAACUUCGCCCUCAUCGCAACUUUUGGCAGUCUCCUCCUCGCCACGGCACCUUGCCAAGAGGAAGCAGAUUUCUACCAAGCCAGGUUGGCGGAGUAUGGGUGGACGCUUUCGGUCAGCGCCCAGAGCGCCGGCUUCUUGAACUUCGCCAUCGAAUCGCUCGAAUCGUCUACAGGUCUACUGAAAGAUAUGCCAAUGAAACCCAAGAUCGAGGAACUCGACGUGCGACAGGUGCCCCCAGCGCCUGUACUUCCCCUUACGAGAUUGAUUCCACCACAACAAGAAGACGACGACGAGUUCAUGGAAGAUGGAUCCGAGGCGCAAUCCGUGCACAUACCACCCCCAGAAACCAUCUCCUCGGCUUCAGAAAUGAUGUCUCCUUCAAAUUCCGCUUGGAGCGCACCAGCAACUUACGGACCGUACAUUGGCCCCUUCGCUGAUCUGGGAGCUCGGAAUUGGUUCGAGCAAUCGCAUCAUGGGUCGCCUGAGGCUGAGAGGAUGCAAUUGUUCGUUGGGUAG